UUCAAUGAAAAUGACUCGGUUGUCGUUGUCGAGUCAGUUUCGAGUAGACAUCAUAUCAAAGCGGUAUUCUUCUGUACAUUGUAUUAUUUUUUUAUAUUCUUUAUUUGUAAUGUUAAGAUCUAUAAAUUCUUUAUCUAAAAUCGUGCCAAGUACACAAAAUUCAAGAAUGACAAGCAUACAUAGUGCAUACAUAGAGGAAGUUCACGAUGUGCCAAUUUCCGUAAUCACAAGGCCUUUCGUUCCGGAACUAGAUGAAAAAAAAGUACAGUCACUAAUGGAAACUAUACAAAAGGAAGAAGAGGCUGGCAACGUACCUCCAAUAGACGUGUUGUGGAUCAAGGGCUCAGAAGGUGGUAACUACUACUACAGUUUCGGCGGCUGUCAUCGCUUCGCCGCGUACAAGAGACUCAACAGACCCACUAUACCUGCAAAACUGAUCCGAUCCACUGUCACUGACCUGCAGACAUAUCUCGGCAGCAGCACGCCUAAUCUUAAGUAAAUGUUAAGCUAUUCUACAUGUUACA